AUGCUUUCAUCAAAAAAAUAACAAGAGAAGGAACCAAUUUUUAAAGGAUAUUAUAAAGACAAUAAUGAUGAAGAAAAAAAUGAUAAGUUAAAAAGAAAAGCAACCUUGAUUAUGAAUGUCUCAGGUAUUUCCAAUUUAUAAAGAGAGAUACUAAGUAUGAUGUUGUUAAAUUUGUUGGAAAGAAAAUAUUUAAAUGGGGAUUAUAAUAUGAAAUGAAUGGAAAUUAAUGGGAUAUAUUUUGGACCGAUGCUGCUGUUUAAUCAGAAACAUUGGGAAAAAUGCAGCGUUUAAUUUACAAUAUAUCAUGAUAGAUCAUCAAAAAAUUAAUCAUUUUCCAGGCAUGUUCUCUCUAUCUCGUAAAAAUCAUUUAGGAAGAAAUCUUAUGAAAAUGAGAAAACAAUUUCCUUCAGAUUAUUAAUUUUUUCCUUAAACUUGGUUAUUACCAACUGAAUAUGGAGAUUUCAGAAAUUAAUUUAUAAAAGGAAAAGUUAAGACCUUUAUUGUUAAACCAGAAGCUAGUUGUUAAGGAAGAGGAAUCUUUCUAACAAGAAAUAUUAAUGAUAUUAAUCCAAAUGAUCAUUAUGUAGCAUAAAGAUAUUUACAUCGUCCAUUUUUAAUAGAUGGAUUAAAAUUUGAUUUAAGAGUAUAUGUUUUAUUAGCAGGUACAGAACCUAUGAGAAUAUAUGUUUAUUAAGAUGGUUUAGUUAGAUUUGCUACUGAACCAUAUGUAGCACCUACUUCUAAUAAUCUUGAAGAUGUUUGUAUGCAUUUGACUAAUUAUGCUAUAAAUAAAGAAAAUCCUAAUUUUAUAUUCAAUAAUGAUAUAUCAAAAAUGGAUGUUGGACAUAAAAGAUCAAUUAAAUCUGUUUUUGGUAAAUUAGAAUAAGAAGGAUACAAUAUCCAAAAAUUAUGGUAAGAUAUGUACAAAUUAUUUAUUAAAACAUUUUGCACAGUUCAACCUAUUUUAAAUCAUCAUUACAAAUCAUGUUAACCAGAUAAUUAUGCAAACAAUAUGUGCUUUGAAAUAUUAGGUUUUGAUAUUUUUCUAAAUCAUAAACUCUAGCCAUAUUUAUUGGAGGUUAAUCACACACCCAGUUUUUCAACUGAUACCCCUUUAGAUUCUCUUAUUAAAAAAAAUCUUAUUAGGGACUCUCUUAUUUUGAUGAAUGUCAGUUUUAAAGCAAAAGAAUAAAUUAUAUCCUCCAGAAAAGAAUAAUUACAAUUAAGAUUCUAAACAGGCAAAAAACAGAAACUUACUUUAGAAGAAAAAUAGACUUUAAUUGAAAAAUAUUAAAAACUUAGGGACGAGUAUGAAAAUAAAAAUCUAGGUGAUUAUAUUAAAAUAUAUCCACUAUAAGAUUCUGGAGAAUAUAUUCGUUUUAUAGAAUUUGCAUCUUAAUUAUAAGAUAAUUGGACUGGAACAAGUAAAUAUAAAACUAAUUUUAUUUAAGAUAUCAGAAAGAACUAAAAAAAAGAAAUCAAUGAAACAUUUAAUAAAAAUAUCAGAUAUAGUGUGAAUUCAUCACUAACACCAUCAAUUCUUCCAAAAAUAAAGGAUCGAUAAAUCAAUUUAUCUGAAUACUAAAAUGAUGAAUCAGAGAUUAAAAAUAUAUCAAAAUAAGUUGCCAUUUAAAAUUAAAUAAAAAAAUAGGUAUUGUUAUAAUAUAUAUUUUUUAGUAAUAAUUAAAUAUGAAAGUAGUUUAAUAAAUAUCAUAAUCAUUAUAAACUAAGUCAUGUUUACAAUAAAAGCUUUUUGAUUUAGAUAUCUUAAAUAAUUAAAAUCAACCUUGUUCUUCUAAUAAGAAAUUACAAUUAUUUAAAAUUCAAUAAAUGUGA